AUGACCCCGCCACCACCGCUCUUCCACGCCCUGCUCCGGCCGGCCGUGCUCCAGAUCCUGCGCGCGGCAGGCUACCACGGGGCGCGGACGUCGGUGAUCGACUCGGUGACAGACCUAGCAGCGCGGUACUUCUUCCACCUGUGCCACUUCACAGCGCUGUACGCGACUCACAACAAGAACAAUGACGACGAGGACGAGAUCUUCCUCGACAUCGACCAUCCGGCUGCGCCGACCAUUGUCGACGUGCGCAUGGCGCUGCAGCGCGUCGGUGCCCUGCUGCCCGAGCGGCACUUCCAGUCGGCUGAGUACAUAAGGCGGGCUCGGCGGCGGUUGGGGGAGGCGGAGGAUAUGAGAGGGGUAAAUGCCUUCAUUGCGUGGGCGAUGGGACCGGUUAAUCGUGAGAUUAAGAGGAUUGCGUUGGACGGGGAUGAUGAGGCGGGGGAUUAUCUGGACGCCCUCAAAAAGAAGCACAGCAAGAACGACGACGACUCAAAAUACCUGGGCACGCUGCUCGGCCGGAGCAUAGAGCACGGCGACGUGCUGGUCGAAGGCGGGGACUGCCCGAGUAUCUUCCUGUGGGAGGAGCGAAGGCGGGCGGCGGCGCAAAAGCCGCCCGAGCCGUUGCAGCAGCUCGAUGUCAAUGGUGAUGGUGACGGGGACGAGUCAAGGCCGCCUAGUUCUGGCCUCAGCUCACUUGGCGAUCGGAGUAUUGCGGAUGAGAUGGAGUUAUCAUAGUACGGCUGGAGGACGUCUUUGACAUUAGGAGGUAGAAGGCUCUCCAAAUGGGUACUUCUGCUAUGAGGAGACUCUAAGCGCCGGGUACGACAGGAAACUCACCGAAGCAGCUAGCAUAGCGAUGGCGUUACAGGACUGGAAUUGGAGGGAAGAGGACCACUACUUGGGCGGGAGGGGACUACAUUUGUCCAUUCCGCCUAUGGUCAGAGUAUCACGAGCUUCGCAGCCAUAUCGGCAGCAUAUCAUCAUUGUAUAUAAGAUCUAUGCCACAUCUAGCAAUCCAAGGUGGCAAUGAUCUAGACCUCAUCUCCAACCUUCGGAUACACGAUCCAAGUUGAAGGCAGCACUGAUCAGGGCAAGGUGACUGAAGGCUUGAGGGGUAUUUCCAAGCUGC